UCCUUGCGACAUCUCUUUCGAUAGCUAGACCCUUCCCCUGUUAUAGGAGAUUGCCGACAGUUUCUGUUCCGAUAUAUACAGCAUUUCCCGAGCGGACGACUCCGAAAACGUCUAUCUGCAGUUCGGAAUAAUACAGUUGCGGCGUUGCGCGCGGUUAUACAUCCUUUCAGAGGGUGCCCAAUAUGCCAACCAUGUGGCUCUCAGAAAACCAGAAGAUCGGGGUGGUCUUCUGCUCUGCUGGCGGGUUGUUCUUAUUUCUUGGAGUCUUGAUGUUCUUUGAUCGGUCAAUGCUUGCCAUGGGAAAUAUCCUUUUCCUCAUCGGGUUGACUCUCAUCAUCGGCUUUCAGAAGACUCUCGCCUUUUUCUCCCGUCCACAUAAGCUGAAAGGAACCGUCGCAUUUGCCCUCGGUAUCCUUCUCAUCCUCCUCCGCUGGCCUUUGACCGGUUUUCUCAUCGAGCUCUACGGCAUAUUCAUCCUGUUUGGAGAUUUCCUCGUCACCAUCGGUCAAUUUGCCGGCAACAUUCCCGUCGUGGGACCCUACAUCAAGACCGCCCUGGAGACGUUGGCUGGAGGAAGGAGAAACGCUGAAUUGCCAGUAUAAUUACGUUGGAUUGAGCGAAGAAAGAGCCCAGAUAGAUCUGGUGCUUUUGUUCUUUUUCUCUGAUAUAUUUCAUAUUAUUUGAAGCUCCUGGCUUUCCUUGUUCUUUGGGAAUGCCUGCCUAUGGUG